UUAUUUUGUAGAGUAGCCAUAAGUCGCAAAGCGCCAGGCCAGAUAAAUAAACGGUAUAUUAUUGAUACAAUAUUGCCGUUUUUGAUCGAACAUUUAUGAAUCGUAAUUUAUGAUGAUGUUUUAUCGACAAAUAAAAACCAACUGACUAGCUUUCAAUGUUAAAAUUUUAAAGAGCCAAUAUUGUAAUUUUCGCAAUAGUCUCUUUCCAUGGGUCUACCAUACCGCAUUGUGAUAUUUUCCUUUUGGUCUAUAUAAGAAACACCAUUCUUCAUUAUCAGUUACAAUUAUAGAUAUACUUGACGGUUUCCAUCAAAAAAUUUUUAAAAUGUCUUAGUGAUGCUUAGCUUUCUUGUUAGGUUGUCGUCCGUCAGAUUGUGUCUUAUAGACCACGCAUAGAUUUUUCGUUUGCUGAAAUUUUUGCGUAUUUUUCGGUAUAUCACCCUAGUAAAUACCCAGCAUCGCAAUGAAGUAUUUUUUUUUUAACUUUCUGGGUGUUUUUUUUAUUGUGAGUGGUUUUUAGAGAUGGUGUUCGAUCAUUUUUUCCAAGGUCAACACAACCGUCUCUGAAUCGGCCAAACAAACGAAAAGUCUGUGUGCAUGACAUGCAUUCAUUCCCGUACAUUGGCAUUCCAUUUAUUUGUGUGUCAUAUUUAUAUAAUUUAGUAGAGAAUUUAAUAUUCACAAUUUAUCCGAUCUUGUUUUUUUUACUUUCACCGACAUAUACAAAUUGACAAGACAUAAAUAUCAUCGAAAUCUUAAGUGAUUUUCAUCAAAUUUUAAUAACAAGUAGACAAAAUGUACACCAUUCACUCAAAAAUAUCGUCGUGCUAAGAAUAUUAAGUCUAAUCUUAUACUGAGACUAAUACUUAUUGCCAUUUAAUCAUAGAUGUCGCUGUGCUAAGAAUAUUGUGGCGUUCACUUUGCCAUCUACCGGCAAAGGGAAACCAAAAAUGACAUUUUUGGGUUUAGGUUAAGCAGCCAACUUCAAGUUGACGCUAGUGAGAAAUAAAAUAGUGAAUGAACAAUCUAAACGUGUUUUUUAUUUGUUUAAUAAACUUAUGGUAUAAGGCCAUAAAUUGGUGACCCCGUCAAAAAAAAAAAAACUUCAAGGAAAACGCAAAAUGCAAGAAACUGAACAUGCAGAGACUCCAACAGAGGCAAAUAAAUUCCGGCCUAUGGAAGCGGAAGCGUCGGCAGUGCAAGCGAUUGGGCAAAUGAAGUUGCCAAACUUCUUGACCAAGGACCCAACGUUAUGGUUUGCGCAAAUUGAGGGCCUACUACAUAUGAGCCGAGUCACAGCAGAUUUAUCAAAGUUCUACACAGUAAUUACUGCGCUGGAUGCAGAAACGCUGCAACAAGUUGCGGAUAUUGCAAAAAAUCCUCCUGAAACAGGCAAAUACGACAAAUUAAAGAAAGAACUAAUUUCUCGUUUUUCAGAAUCGUCAGAAAAGCAGCUCAUAAAGCUACUCACCGGUCUGGAACUUUCGAACAAAAAACCAAGCCAACUGGUACGUGAAAUGCGCACAUUAGCAGGCGCAAAUGUCUCAGAGGAGGCAUUAACAACACUGUGGCUGCAACGUAUGCCAAACAGUGUAAGAUGCAUUCUAUCAGCAUGCAAAACCACAAGUAUUGAUGAGCUAGCAGAAAUUGCUGAUAGAAUAUUAGACAACAGUCCAGUACCAUCUUACGUAAUGACUACAAACGCCAACAAAUCAAAUGACAAGUUGGAAGCCCGCGUAACAACAUUAGAAAGUUCGGUCCAACAAAUAAAUCAGCAGCUUAUCAACAUAGCAGCAACUUUAGACAGAUUGGAGAAACGAGACAAUCGUGGUAGAGACAACAGCCGCAGCCGCAGCAGUUCUUGCAGACGUGAGAAAGUCUGUUACUACCACAUAAAAUUUGGUGCAGCAGCGACUAAAUGUAGCCAACCGUGCGAGUUUGGCAAACGUAAAAGCGAGAAUCGACAGGGAAACUAGCGAGGCUGUCGUCAUCAAACACGGU